AAUCCCCAAAUCCGGAAGGUGGAGAAGCGCAUUCGUCGAUUCCCACCAUUCCAAAUCUCAACUCCAUUUCGUGAUCCGUAGUGGGCGAUUAGAGCUUUGAUUCGUCUUGGGUUGCAGGGGGAGACCGCGUGGAUCCGCGUUUUAGUUAGGGUUUCCGCGGGGUUCGGUGAUCCUACCGGCUUUUUUGUGCGUUGUUCUUCUUGUGGUGUGGGCUUUUUGAUGGUUCAGUUGACGAAUCACGGCAAGCUGCGGCCGGAAUCCGAGCUGCCGAUGAAGAUGUCGCUGCCGCUAGCGACGAAGCUGGAGAUUGAGGACCCGUUGGAGGACGAGCAUGGUCCGCUCAACAAGAGAUCCAAGCAGUGUGGAACAGGUGAAAGCAUGCCUCUAACAGAAGUUAUUCAAAAUAAUCUGCUUAAUGAGCCUAGCCCAUUGGGUCUUCGUCUGCGAAAGAGUCCAUCACUGGUAGAUUUGAUUCAAAUGAGGUUGUCUCAAGCAAAUGCAGCUGCCAAUUCAUGCAUUUUGAAUGAUGAGAACUUGGAGAAUGAGAAAAAGAAUGAUACUAGGUCUACCAUUGCUUUGGCUAACACCGAAAAGUUGAAAGCAUCAAACUUUCCAGCUUCCCUUUUGAGGAUUGGGACGUGGGAGUAUGUAUCAAGGUAUGAAGGGGAUUUGGUGGCCAAAUGCUAUUUUGCAAAGCGGAAACUUGUCUGGGAAAUUCUUGAAGGUGGUCUCAAGAGCAAGAUUGAGAUCCAGUGGUCAGAUAUCACAGCUCUCAAGGCAACUUGCCCAGAAGAUGCUCCUGGGACUUUGGAUAUAGUGCUGGGUGGGCAGCCUCUUUUCUUUAGGGAGACCAAUCCACAGCCUAGGAAGCACACCUUAUGGCAAGCUACUUCAGAUUUCACUGAUGGGCAAGCAAGCAUUCACAGGAGGCAUCUUCUACGUUGUCCACAAGGUUUGUUGAGCAAGCAUUUUGAGAAGCUUAUCCAGUGUGAUCCACGGUUAUGUGCACUAAGUCAUGAACCAGAUGUUUUCCUGGAUGCACCAUUCUCUGAACCAAGGUGCUCUGUUUUUGAGGAUCAUGAUGAAUCCAAGUGCCAUCCAUUUGACAAGCUGAAUGAUCCAUAUGGAUCUGUGGUUCAAGAGUAUGAAGAUUCUGCAUUGACUUGUGCUAGCACAUCAACUUCUGCUAAGAAUGACAUCAGAGAUCCUAUUGAUACUGGUAAAAUCCACUCACCAAGCCCAGUGAUGGGACCUUGGGUGACGCAAGGAAGUGGAACUGCUGAAACUGAAGACUCGAAUAAUCAGUGGUGCUGGGACCAGUUGAAAGUUCCUGGACUCAAGCAUUCAAUGUCCAUCAGUGAUUUUGUUAAUCAAAUAGGACAUCGCAUCUCCGAGCAGAUCAGUUUGGGGAAUCCGCAAUUAUCUGGCUCGGUUAUACCUGACAAAGAAAUGUUGGAGGAGUUGGCCCAAUGCCUCUUCAGCGAUUCCCAAAUGUCCACCUCAGAUGAGAAAUCUGUCAUGUCAAAGGUGAAUUCAUUUUGCUGUCUGCUCCAGAAAGAUGUUGGCACAGUCGACAGCCAACAGACAGAUGGCGGCGGACCUGCAGCUAACGAAAAUGGUUUCUGCAAUAAUAUUUCGGAGAAGCACACAUCAAUUACCAAAGGUGAGAUCAACGAUGUACCUGGUCCCAAGGCAGUGGCAAGCAUGUCAAGGAAGGAUUCAUUCAGUGAUCUGCUGAUGCAACUCCCUCGCAUUGCCUCGCUGCCUCAGUUCUUGUUCAACAUUGCUGAAGAUGAAGAUAGCUCUCUGUCAAGCUGAGUUCGAUGCAGCUCUUUUGUGUACAGAACAGUAGAGUCUAGAUUAGUCUUGGGAUGUCAGAUAAUGGUGAUGGAUGGGAUAAAGUUCCUUCAGUAGCUGACGAUAUUGUUGGAGCUUUUUAUGUGCUUUGGUGAAGUAUGUUAAGUUCUCCAAAUAAAUAAGAGAAAAGAUGUUAGGUCAUGUUGCUGUCUAAACUCUGAGGUAGGCCAUACUUUUUGGGAAUACAGUUGACCAAAUUGGCUGAACUGUUCUGUGGGUUACAGUUGCUGGGAUUGACAUCAGUUGUGGUACAGAUUGACCUUUAUUCUUUCAUCUAUAACAAGGCAUAUUCUUCCGCUUGGUUGCUUUC